AACAGAUAUAAGGAGGGAGAAACAGCAGGUGGCCAUGACAAGAACAAUAUAGAUACCUGCUAUCACACUCACAGACUUUCAGCUUCCUUUAUCAGAUUUUAAACUCAGGGAUUCUGUGAUUCUUGAAAAAUACCACCAUCUUUUGGACAUUUAUCGCACUUUAAAUGAAGAAGCAAUGUCUGCUGUAACGUCUGCAUCUCUCUGCCUGACUUUACUGUCUGUCUGCCUCUUGUUUGUCUCUGCAGACCAGAAAAUCAUCAUAGCUGUGCCAGGACAGACGGUCACUCUGCCAUGUCGAGCUCCAAACAGCGGCAACCCCAUCAUAGCUGCAGAGUGGAGCAGAGCUGACCUGGAGCAAAAAUAUGUCCUUUUUUACCGAGACGAUAAGCUUGAUACAGAAGAGCAGCAUCCAUCUUUUAAGAACCGGGUGGAUCUGCAGGACAGACAGAUGAAGGAUGGAGGCGUGUCUUUAAUUCUGAAGGAUGUGACGACUGCUGAUGGUGGAACAUAUGAGUGUUGUGUCGUCCAUGAAGUAAGAGAAGGUAGAAAGUUGGCCGUUUUAAAGACUGAGCCCAUCAGCGUCAUCCAGCUAAAGGUUAUUUCACCAGGUCAGCCAGGAGGACACGGAGAGGAUGGGGCUGUUGGACUAACAGUUGUUAUUGUGCUUUCUAUAGUUCUUUUCGCAACUAUAAUAUACUACAUAAAAAUGACAGAAAAUACAGAAGGAGAAAAAAACAGCACUUCCCAGACGAGCAGCAAGCUGAAACGCUCCACUCGUGUCACUCGUCCCACCUUUCGUAGCAAAAAGACAGAUGCUCUGAAGACAGAUGUGAGUUCACAGUGACGGGAAUCCAGCAGACAGUAGUCAGCUGUAAAUGUCUAACUUAUCUUGAGUUUGUUUUUAUCCAUCUUUGGAGUUUUUCUAGUUCAGAUUGAUUGCGUCUGGGAGUGGGUAUGUCUAGACUGCAAAUAGUUAAAAAUCAACCAUCAUAAUAAUAAGUUAAAAUGACAGUUUUCAUCGUUUUCCUUUGGGGAACACUGAAAUCUCUUUGGAGCGCCUAAAUGUUUUUCUAUGGAGGAAAAGAGUUUUGUUUGUGAAGAUCAUGAGAACAUUUCUGUAGUGAAGUUACCUGUUUUAUCAACUUUCUUCAUCAGUUUUGAUGCAUUUUUUGUGCCUU